CAAUGGUUGUAAUAUUUCAAAUUUAUUAGUGCUUUAUGAGUAAUUUGAUGGCUACAGCUUCAAAGGUCUCUCAGAUUAAGAUUUACAGCAUUGCUGCAAAUAUGUUUGUUUAGUUUAUUAGCUUGUGUCUGACAAAUUCCAGUAAAUUGCUCCAUUUGAUGAGGCUUUGUACAUCCGACACGCUUAAAUGGUGCACUUGCUUUUUAUGACUGCAAAAACAUCUGGCGUGUAUAAAUAUUGCAAAUAAGUAAAGCAACUCGACUGGCAGAUGAUAAAUUCGAAUCGGGUAUUUCCAAUGCAUCUAUUAGUGGGUGGCAAAGGUGACAACUUAAUCUAUAAGCAGUGCUAAUUGAGGCAACGAUUCAGUUGCCAAUUGCAUUUUGCGUUGGAUUGUCUUGAUUUCGCUACACUUGGCCACAAUGCUCUGGCUAAUGGUGCUCCUGUUUGGCAUACCCUGUCUGUUGCUCUGGGACUAUUUGAUACGAAAGCGACGCAAUGAUAUGCUACAUUAUAUGCGUGGUCCACCGGCGUUGCCAUUUCUGGGCAAUGUUCUGCUUUAUCGUGGACUCGACGGAGAACGCGUCAUGGAUUAUGCGGUGGCUAAUUGCCAGAAAUAUGGUAAAAUGUAUCGUGUAUGGAUCCUCAAUCAGUUGGCUGUCUUCUCCACCGAUCCUCGUGACGUUGAGGUCAUCCUGAGCAGUCCGCAGCACAUUACCAAGAACAGUUUGUACAAUCUGAUGCUGCCGUGGUUAGGCACAGGCCUCUUGAUGAGUACCGGUCGCAAAUGGUACUCGCGGCGUAAAAUCAUAACGCCCACGUUUCAUUUCAAGAUCCUGGAGCAAUUUGUGGAUAUCUUUGAUCAGCAGAGCAGCAUUUUGGUAGAGCAACUGCAGCAGCAUGCGGAUGGCAAAACCGCUUUCAAUAUCUUUCCCAUCGUUUGUCUUACGGCUCUGGACAUUAUUGCAGAGACCGCCAUGGGCACCAAGGUGCAUGCCCAAAAGAGUCCAGAGCUGCCUUACGUGCGUGCCGUCUUCGAUAUGUCAAACAUCAUCACGGUGCGCUUCAUCAAGCCAUGGCAGCGCAUUGACUGGAUGUUUCGAUUGGUAGAGCCGCGUCUGGCUGCCAAGCAAGAUCAAUUGAUCAAAACGAUGCACGACUUCACAGAGGCCGUCAUACAGCAGCGUCGCGAGAUGCUCGUCAACGAACAGCGUCUAGGGGACAACGAUAAAUUCGACGAUCUUGGCCAGAAACGUCGCAUGGCCUUGCUGGACGUGCUGCUGCAGGCCACAAUUGACGGCGAGCCGCUUAGCAAUGAGGAUAUACGCGAGGAGGUGGACACAUUCAUGUUCGAGGGCCACGACACUACCACCAGUGGCAUUAGCUUCUGCAUCUACGAGAUCUCGAGACAUGCGGCAGUGCAGCAACGUUUGCUCCAGGAAAUCCACACAGUGCUGGGCAAGGAGAACAAGGGAGAGGCAGUGACGCUGCGUGAUCUUAAUGAGCUGAAAUUUAUGGAGUGUGUGAUUAAGGAGUCUCUGCGUUUGCAUCCGCCUGUGCCCAUCAUAGGACGCCACUUUACCGAGGAUGUCAACAUAUGUGGCAAACUCGUUCCGGCUGGCACCAACUACACAGUGGGAUUGUAUGCGCUGCUGCGCGAUGAACGGGAAUUUGAGGCGCCUCAUGAAUUUCGCCCCGAGCGGUUUGCGGCAAACGGAGAGACAGCAACGUUAGUAUCGACUGAGACGACGCUUCCACCUCAACAACCACAUCCGUAUGCUAAUAUCCCGUUCUCGGCGGGACCGCGUAAUUGCAUUGGCCAAAAGUUUGCGAUGCUCGAAAUGAAGUGCGUCAUCAGCAGGAUGCUGCAGCACUUUGAGCUGCUGCCUUUAGGGCCAGAGCCGCGACCCAUGCUUAGUCUCGUCCUGCGUUCGGCCAAUGGCAUACAUUUGGGUCUGCGACGGCGUUAACAUACAAUCAUGUUGUUUAUGCUGAUAGUGACAGUUCUGCUGGCUUGGCUGCUGCGAUUCUUCCUGAAUUUGGCGUUAAAGGAGCGGAAAUAUCGUCAACAAUUAAAUGGUUUGGCACCCAACGUCUCCGAUCUGCCCAUAAUUGGAGCCCUGUGGCAGAUGCGUGACUUUCAGCCGGAUAAUUUACAUGAGAAGUUCGCUGAAUACGUGCAGCGCUAUGGACGCAGCUUUGUGGCAACUACAUGCGGACGCAUGGUGCUGGUUACCGCCGAGCCGCACCUGGUGGAGACUUUGCUGUUGAGCAAACAGCAGCUGCGCAAAAGCAUCGUCUAUGGUGCAUUGCGUGGCUGGCUGGGCGAUGGCUUGUUGCUGAGUCGUGGCGAACGCUGGCACUCGAUGCGGAAAAUCAUCACGCCAACUUUUCACUUCAACAUAUUGGAACAGUACAUCGAUGUGUUCGAUCGUCAGUGCAAUGUGCUUGUGGAGAAACUGAAGCCACUGGCCAACGAUAGGCAGGCAAUCAAUAUAUAUCCAUAUGUGGGACUGAUGGCUCUUGAUAUUAUUGGCGAGGCGGCGAUGGGCGUCAGCAUCAAUGCCCAGCUGGAUGUGGACUCGCCGGUUGUGCAGGCUGUCAAAGACGUAACCAAUACGCUGGCCACACGCUUUGUGCGUCCGCUGUUGCUACAUCCCACAUUAUUUCGCUACUGUUGGCCUAGUGGCUAUCGCAAGCAGGUGGCUGCUGUGCAGCUGCUGCGCAAUUUCACCGACAACAUCAUCGAGCGGCGCCGUCAUCAACUGCUACAGCAGCAAGAGCAGCAGCAGAAGAAGGAACAAGAGUUGCCGAAGCGAGCUGCAUUAUUGGACACCUUGUUGCAGGCGCGCUAUGCGGAUGCGCCAUUGACUGAUGUCCAAAUACGCGACGAGGUGAGUACGUUCAUCUUUGAGGGUCACGACACAACCACCUCGGCUGCCUCCUUUUGCCUGUAUCUGCUGUCGCGGCAUGCUGCAGUGCAGCAGCGGCUCUUCGAGGAGCUGCACACGCACUAUGGCUGCGAUUUGCAGCGUCCCGUUGUCUAUAGCGAUUUUGUGGAGCUCACGUAUCUGCAUGUCGUGGUCAAGGAGUCGUUGCGCCUGUUUCCGCCCAUUCCAGCGGUGGGACGCUGCCUGGAAAAAGAUUUAGUUAUAGAUGAUUCAAUUUUGCCCUCUGGCACCAAUGUGAUUCUGCUGCUUUGGCAACUGCUGCGCGACGAGAAGUUCUACGAGGAUCCGGAACGUUUCUGGCCGGAGCGACAUCUGGCGGCCAAUAAAACAAACGAAGGCUUCUCCAGUUAUAUUCCCUUCAGUGCCGGACCACGCAAUUGUAUUGGACAACGUUUUGCGUUGCUCGAACUAAAAACGAUUGUCAUCAAGGUGCUGCGGCAAUUCGAAUUGUUGCCCCUGGGCAAGGAAGUCAAGCCCUCCAUUAAACUGGUGCUGCGCUCUGUUACGGGCGUUAAUUUGGGAUUGAAAACACGCGUGUACACGUAGCUACAUAUACAUAUUGGCGAUUAACAAACACACAAACGAGUGUGCAGCAUCAUUUUGUGAAUGGUUGCGGCACUCGAGUGCAUUGCCCUAAAAGUGUUCACACG